CAGCAAUCCCUCGGCAGCUGCGACGCUUCUUUCGUCCGGUUCUGGUGGCUGUGGAGAUCUCGCAAUGCUCGUUCAUUCAUCGGCGGGUCGAUGAGUAAGCCAUCAUCAGCACCUAAGUUCGCUAAGAAGCUCAAGGAGCAGAGCGCCAAGCUCGAGAUCGGCGACUCCCGGCUCCAACGAGAAGCCGUCGAUGCCCUUCUACAGGCAGCCCUUGACUAUCGCAACGAACCCAAUGAGGUGGAGCAAUGCCGCAGCACACUCUUCGCCACCUUGGACAAGGGCAGCUCUGCUGCCUCGCAGGCGGCCCUUCAUGCUCUCGGUGAGAACCGGAUCACAUGAGAGGAGAAGAUCUGUCAUAGAUCCGUGGUGUAUGUGUGUUUGUUUGUUUGUUUGUUUGUGUGGGCUUCAGUUGAGCUGUGCAUCGAGGGUCUUGCCGCGGUGGACAAGACACUCGAUGAGAUCGGCGCCAGACUGGCAUGCGGCAAGCUGCAUCGCAAGCUCAUCCGGCCCUGCGCAGAACACCUCGUGCGUCUUGGCAUGAAGGCAAAGGAGGAUGGGACGCCCCUGCUGCCUCAGUCAUCACUUCGCAGCACCACCCAGCGCUUUCUUCUGCUCGAGCCUUCAUUCGGCGUGGCACUGGUCGAUGUGCUCGGAGACCGUAUCGAGCAAAUGUGGCAGGAGAAUGAAUGCGGCACUGAGGAGGGCGAUCGUGGCCUGAUGAUACUGCUGCUCGAUGUGGUGCGGCUGGCUGGGGUGAAGGAGAGCACCGAGGUGGGCAAUGUGACGGGAUCAAGAUGACAACUAGGAGAAUGGCUGUCCAUCUGCCCUCCUUCCAUAUAUCCCUCAGGCUUGGGCGGCUUCACUCUACUCGAGUGCCGUCCAUCGCAUUAUCCGGCUGGCCACCUCGGCCGAUCCCCCCUUCCCCUUUCACCCUCCCGCGACGCUCCUCAUCGCACACCUGCUGACUACCGUCCAGUCCGUCAACGACGCAUCACCACCUGCCGGCAGCUAUGCCGCCAUCGAUGGCAUCCUUGCAGUCAUGGAGAGGGGUGCCGGGCACUUGUGUGCCGGCGAAGGGCGGGAAGGAGAGCGGGACGAGGAGGCGCGUGAGUCUUUGGGGCGCCUUGUGGGCCUCAUGGCCCUGACGUUGACUGAUCGCGCCGUUCAAGCAAGGUCAGGAUCGCAGAAGGUUCGCCGCGUGUCACCGGCUGCUGUCUGUGUGGGUGUUGCAGGUGUAGCGAUCGCGAUGCAUUGGCGGCUCUUCGACGGCUCACGGCGCCCCUUAGGUGGCCGAUUGACGAUCCGCUCGCCACACUCAAACGACACUCAGCCCCUUUCCACACGGUGGGCGCUGCUGAUCUGGCCGCCACUGCACGCACCAUGUGGAGGACUCUCUUUGCUGUCAGGUGUUGGUAGCCUUCGCGUGGCUGGCGUGGACGUCAGAGGACAACUGUGACGAAAUCGAAGAGGUGAGGACCGAAGAAUGAGUGAGGUCCUCACUUGUCGACGAGAGAGCAUACCUGAUGGAUGUGUCCUUCUUCCUGUCAUAACUAACUUAUCAGAUCCUCACGAUGCUGAGCCACCAUUUGGAUGCGGUGCACGCCGACAUCCCCCGGGGGGUUCUGUCCUUCGUCGCCGCCCCUCUGCUCGCACUGCAGCAGCUGCUUUCGAUGGCGUCACUCCGUACGACCAUCGAUGCACUCAUCGGCAAGUGCAUCCCUGCUGCGGGAGCGGCAGCCCCGGCUUCGGCUUCUCUCUCUCCCCCCCAAUUGUCCAUUCAGCGGUCUGCCGUCUCGUUCCGGGCAUGUCACCCGCCCCCACUGUCGACAGAGGUCGACCAGACGGGUGACGCCCUCAUAUGCCCCUUCCCGCACCUGGUGCCGUCAUCGAUUCUCGUCCACUGGCGAGAGGCGAUGGAGGCAGAAGGGCCGACAGCACUGCCCUCCUGCUGGAGUGUGGACGGGGAGGUGUUGUGCGCCGACGGCUACGUGAGUCUAGCGUGUGCUGUGCUGAUGCUGUGGCGGGAGCAGCCGUGGGCGCGGCUGAGGGGCCUGCAGGUGGUGUUCGAGGCGUCGUUCGGUGAUGCCGUAGUGGCGGGGCGGCUGCUCCCGCAUCUGGUGAGGUUUGUGGAGGACGAACAGAACGCACCUCUACAGGUAAGUACGGUGAGGGAAUCGUCAAUUGCCAUGCAAACGGUUUGGAUGAGACAGACGCCUGGCUGUCCCUGUAUCACCACACCACACCACACCCAGGUGCUUGGCAUGUAUGUCAUCGCAUCCAAGUCGCACCCGAAGCUUUUACUGCCGGUCAGUCAGCACCGCCCUCCCUCGCCCACCCGCCCAUUGAUUUCAUCCACACGCACCAAACACGUGUGAUGUGUGUGUCCCUCACUCUCUCCUUUGCAGCCCACAUUCAAGGCCAUUCAGUACCUGACCACCGGUGAAGACGACCGCAUCCGGGCACUCCACAUACGCCUCAUGGGCAGACUGUAUCUGCACGGCCACAUGCCGCUCAGCAAGCUGAGUCGACUGGUGGCCUAUGAGGGCGGCGACGGCCAGCCGGCCGUGGUGCGUCUGGCGCAGCUGAGUGUGCUGGGCGACAUGGCUGGGGAGCAGCCCGAUGAUGCAGUGGAGUGCCUCUCGUCCAUACAGGCCGCCCUCAAAGUGAGUGACGGCACGAUGCACACACACUUUGCGGACAUUUGGACGGUCUAUGCUAUGUCUGAUCCAUCCAUCCAUCAGGAUCCCUCCCCGGCUGUGUCGUCGGUAGCCCUUGGCUGCCUCACCCGCCUCUGCUGCCACGACCUGAUGGACUUCGCCAAGGUGUGGGCCAUACUCACCAAGAAACACCCACACCUCUUUGACUACGCCCAAGAACCGCUGGUGCACUAUGCCGUGGCCCACUUCCUAUCGAGAUACGCCCACGUGGCUCUGAAGGACCAGAUCGAUGCGAUUACGAAGGACAAGGGCGGCGGGGGCGGGGCGGUGACCCCUCUUGGCCACUUGGAGUACCUGAGCGGGCACUCACACCCAGAGGUCAGACGGGCGGCCUACCGGGGGCUGGCGGCACUGUUCCCCGGCUACUUCUACCCACCCAUCACCACCACCACCACCACCGACACGCAACCAAGUGCACCAGCGGCUGACAAAGACAGCGAAGAUGUGAGGAGUCAGGAACAGCACACGAGGAAAGUCCCUGCAGGCCAUCUCUCUCGUGCCCUGCGUGCUCCCUUCAGAAUGAAUUUGAUUUCGGCGGCUCUCGCGCGACGAAGCGCACUGACCUGCCGGCGCCCUCGGCCACCCCUGACCGUUUGGUGCUGGUCAACUCGACACCGAGCGACAUCGUGAGUGCGUUUGAGCGUGAGCGAGACCCCCAGGCGCUGGCGGGGCUGGGUGAGGUGAUGACAGCUGUCAUGAAGGUGGAGAGGGAGGAGUUGGGACGGCGGAAACGGACAGGUGGGGGGAAAGAAUCGCAAACAGAGAGAGAGUCUGGCAAAUUUGCUGAAUGUGUUUGUUGGUUUCAUUCUCUGUGUUGCAGAGGGUUUGGAUCGUCUCAGGCACCCGCAGCUGGCGUUGCUGAACAAGGUGCUGUCCUCAUCCAACACAUCCUCAGCACCCAGGCCUGUCGUUGCCGCAAUACAACUCUUCACAUUCACACCCAGAAAGUAGGCCAACGUGACGGCACCACAAACCAGCUACCACACUGCACCAUUUGUGCCUGUUUGCCUGACGUUUAUCCAGUGUGCCCCCGGCAGCCAUGCCGGAGAGCAAAGGCGGCAAGAAGGGCAGCAGCCGUGAGGAGAGGGAGAGGGAGGCUAGAGAGAACGAGAGGGCGCGGGUGCGGCAGAGGUGCAUGCGGGUCGUCGACGAGAUCAUCGAGGACUGGAAGACACCCGCACCCACCCCACUGAUGCGCUGGGUCAUGCCUAACGCCUGGAACGGAUUCGUUGACAGGUGGGCUGUGGGUGGGCGAGCUAAUCAACCAGAUACCUGUCGUUGGUGUCGGCAGGUAUCUGAACGACAUGGUGAGUGCUGACGACCCCUCUCAGCACAUUGACGAGGCCGACCACCUUUUUGAGCACCUGACGUCACUGCCCGACACCCGGUACUCGCUCCACAACGAUCCAGAACCCGUCACGUCCAUCCUGCACGCCCUCGCCGCCCUUGCCCGAUCCUCCCCGCCCACCGCAUCGCGGGCCAUCGACUACCUCUCGUCACUGUUGCACCAGCAGCAGCACCAGCAGCAGCAGCAAGACGCCCCAGCAGCACACCCGGACUGGCUUGUCAGUUCUCUCUUCCAAGCUCUGGCGUCCAUCCACGAGGCGGCCACGGUCGCAGGAUUUGCCGAUGGCGUCGUGUCGCGGAUGCAGAGUGAGGAUGGGGAUGUGCGUGAGGGUCUGAUGGUGUGUCUGGUGGCCGAGGGCGAGGCCAACUGGGCGCACAGCGGCGCGGGAGUGUGGGAGAUGUUGGUGAAGGGGCUCACACAGGGCCAGCAGCAGGUGGGCUGGGGUGCAAUUCUUGCUGUGGCCAGGAUGGUGGUUGUCUUGGGCAAGCACCAGCCGGACGAGGCCAACCUUCAUAAGGUAUGUGGAGGCACACAAACAAACACUGACCGAGAGUCGCAUGGAUGAAUGUACACUGUCUGUCGUGUGUGUAUCAGUUUCUCCGGUUGUUCGAUGAGUGUGGUGGCCAUGUGGAGACCUCGCCCUUGCUGCUUGUCGUCAUGAGCACUCUCGUCCCCACGCUCUUCUUCCACUCAAAAGGCACGUGGACACAGAUGCAGAGGACAACGCCAUCCAAGUGCUCUCCCUCUUUCUCCGUCUGCAGUGACAUCCGAUGAGGUCCGUGAUAUCGUUCGCAUCACAGCCCAGCUGCUGGGCUGCUCCGCCCCUCCAGCACUUGACGCCACGGCGGCGGGGCUGGUGUGGGUGGGCGCCACACAUCUCGCCACGUCACUCGUCCCCAUGGUCAGAUGGAUGGACCACCAGCGACAACAAGCUGACCAGACCGAUGACCCGAAUGCACAGCUGAAGGUGAGAUGGGCGGCGGGGAACGACACUUAGCACAUUGCUGCUCUGUGGUCGGUGUUUGUUUCUUCCUUCCAGUCUGAAGUGUUCAGUCUUCACGAGAUGCUUUCAUCGUGGGUGCGGCCGACAGCCUCCUCCCUGCCGCCGUUUCUGGCCUCCCUCCCCAGCAUGAUUCUCAAGUCACUCCGCCCCAUCGCCACGGCCACUCUGCUGGGCGUGCCGUCGCUCAUACCCUUCCCCUCCUUCCUGUCCUCACACACACACCCAUCACUGGCCCUGCCACUGGAGCGACUGGACAGCCUGCAUGGCGGUGGCCGCGGUGAGGAUGUGGCCCGGCUGGUGGAUGCGUUAGUGGGCGGUGGGGGGAAAAGGAGCGGCGCUGGUGGUGGUGGAGGUGGUGGUUUGCAAGAUGGCAUCGGGGCUGUUGUCGUGGGGAUGGUCACGCAGAGACUCAAGACGCUCAGGUGCGUGUAGAGGCAUGCACACCUGGCUGGCUCGCGCAUUCACUUUCUUUGCCUUCACUCACUGCAGGAAACCGGUCGCAUUGGACAUCCUGAAGGACAAGUCUCUGAUCCGUGCCCUGAUCUGCCUGCUGGUGCAGUCCGUCACCAGCCCCUCACCCGCAGUCCCCGCCCCAUGCGCUCAUCUGGCCGUCGGUCUCAAGGCCCUCUCUCUGCUGCACUGCCUGCCCGACCUCAACCUGCGAGUGCUGCUCGCGGCAUCCCUCUCGCGAGCGACAGCUACUCCGGACCAUGUGUGUGUGCGUGAGGAGCUGCUGGAGGGUGUGGUGAGGUUUUGUGCCAGCCACGCCGGCAACGACGGGUCGCUGGCCAUGGUGGUCCUUGACGCCGUCGGCAAAUACGGACACAUGACCAGGUGAGGAGAGGAGAGGGCUGAACAGACAGACAGACGAGGGCCGGCCGCAUCGACGGCGUCUUCAUCAUUUUCUUCUGUUUAUGGGUGCAGGCGUCAGCGUCUGGAUGUGCUCAGCGGCCUUCCAGCCGUGGCCCCGCUCACCCCCAUCCGCGCCUUGCGGGACUCACUGACCUUCCUCUUUCUAGAGCUCCCACUGCCAUCCGCCGACCCGCCCCUCUGGACAGCGGCACUGCACUCUCUGGCCCUCUCUGUCGACCCACACCCGCCCCGAGACCCAUCAAAGCCACACAGAAUGGCGCCAUCGUACCCAGCAACAAAGGCCAAGUCGGCGCAGACAUUGGAGAGGGCGAAGGCGGCGGCCGAUGUGAUCAGUGACGUUGUGUUGAGCCGGCUCGAUGCUGCUGCUGCUGCUGGUGACGGAGUGCCGUUCAGCGUGUGUGAGGCGCUGGGGGAUGUGUUGGGCGUGGUGCGGGGGGUGGGCGGGGAGAUUGAGGGGACGUAUGGGCGGGUGCCGCUGUACACCAUGGGCGCGCUGGUGCUAAAGGUACGCAAGUCGACAGCAAGACAUUGGUCUGUGUGUGGGUUGACCGUUUGUUUCCUUGGCUGCCCUCGUGUGUGUGUCUGUUGUCAGUAUGGCGUGGAUUGGUCGGCGCUGCAGCCCUACCGGGACGACAUCAUACGGGACCACGACCGUCAGGGCAACCCCAUUCCCCUUGCCGCCAUCCUUUCGUCCGAUCGGCUGUUUCACCAGGUGCUCAGCUACGCCCAGAUCGUCAAUGCGUCAUCCCCCGCUGGCCGCAUCGAGUCGCUCACCGCCCUUGCGCUCACACAGGGGCUGGCCAAGGUGCGGCCGGUCGCUCUGUGUGCCCUCGCCGUCACUGUUGCCCUCUACAUGACGGCCCCUUCCCUCGCACACCUGCUUUUCUCAUCAAUGCAAGACGCCGCCGCACAACAAGCCGAGGAAGAGGAAAAGAGAGGCGGUGGUGGCGAGAGGUCGGAUGGGACGCAUGAUGCGUGGUCUGAGGGCGAGUGUCGGCCGCUGGUGGAUGGUGUGGACGUGUGGCUGCCCCAAGACACGGGCGACUGCUUCCUCGAGGACUGUGAGAGCGACCUCGUCAGCACACUCGCCUUCACCACACAGCGGUCCAUCCACGACCCCUGGUGGCGCCAAGUGUCAUCCCCUGCGGAUGGCGCGCACCCUCUGCGGCCUUCCUACACUGUGGCUGUCGGUCUCAUAGCCACCGGUCUCCUGGGCGGCCCCCCUGACUGCCUUGUCCGGCCGCCAUCGUCACUCCUGGGCUCUUCCUACGGCGUGCAGCAGUGGCGAGAGCACGGAGAGCGCGUCAAGGACAUGAAGGACAAGAGGGGCACGGCAGACGAUGUGCAAAGGCGAGCGAGAAAGGCCGCACUGAGACGCAGGCUGCCACGUGAUCUGCACAACGAAGCGAGUAGCGGGUGUUGUGGGUCUGUGGAUGAGGAAGUAGUGGGCCAUGGCCGAGUGUUUCACUGCUCGGCCAGUGAGCGGAUGGUAAGUCUGUGUGUGUGGAUGGGUGGGUGGGUGGUCAGGGAGACAGAGAGGACGUUCGGUGGCAGCAGCGAGAGAAACGGGGCAAGAUGUGUGUCGCGUGAGUGCAUUGCGAAGCUGCAUGCCCUGCUGAGGGAGGCUAGGAAAGAUCUGGCUGACUUGAGUAAGGACUGAGAAGAUCCCAGCUGGUUCGUCGGUCAAUGCAUCUAAGCAUCC